GUAUAAGUGGAAAUCGUGCUGUUAGGUUUGCUAUCUCUUCAGUUGUCGUUUGAACGUGCCGCGAUUCAAACUUACCUGUUUACUUACUACCUGACUCGACGUUGGUCUAUCACAUUCAAGAUUUUUUGAAUAAUAAACAAAAUAUCUAAAAAAAAAACAAAAUGUUUACAAAAUCUCAUCAAAAAGUACUUUGAGUAAUUUCGAUAACAAUUAUUGCGUGUAUGUAUUUUACGAUGAAAAAAUAAAUCAAUACAAAUGAAUUAAAUAAAAAAAAAAAAAAAAUGAAAAAAGAUUGAAAUGAUUGAUGUUGAAAAUCGGUGCAAGUAUUUUAAGAGAGAUAGUUUAAACUAUUCGAAACAAAAGUUUACUUCGGAAAAUCGGUCAACCGUGUGUCACUUUUCUCGUCGUACACGAAAAACAUCUUUCGUCAGACACAGUUCGUUGAUUUUUUUUUUAUUCUUUUUUUUUUUGCUUAACUUAACAGGAAUGUUAUUUAGUUAGUUAGUAUUAAAAUAAGUUUUUGACAGAAACAAAAAAAAGAAUAAAAAAAAGAAAUAGGGUUGAUAAAAGUGAUGUAUUUUGGAAAUAGAUGGUUUAAGAUAUUUGUCGACAGAAAUUUUGAACAAUUUUUAUAAAAAAAAAGUGGUUGAUGAAAAUCUUAUAAAAAAAAAAAUAUUAUAAUCACUAAUUAUUUAUUUCCUUUUAAUUUGUUAUCAAUUAACUUAAACCAUCGCAUUUAAUUAUCUGUCAUCUACAAUAAAAAUGUGGAAUCGCAAGGUGCUCAUCAGAAUAAUCGAAAUGCUUCUUUGCAUCGCAUGCGUGGUAGCACUCAGAGUGACCGAUGACGAAAGCAGAAGGGUAUUUCAUUAUUUAAGAAAUCGCAGCAGAGAGUGGUCCCUUUUAAACAACGUCACAUGGGGUACCAUAGGUGCUGCUCUUGCAACAGCAACUUGCGGUGGCUACGUCAUCAUAACUGCAGGUCUUCUUAUUGCCGCGGCAACUAACGAACUUACAGGUCGAAAAAUGGAAAUCUUCUUCCUUGGUCUUGGAAUAAUACUUUUUGGAAUCGUCGGUGCUCUCGCUUUAGCAUCAAUCGAAAGUAUUCCAGAAGAUUUGAUCGACAAUGCUGCUGUUCUUGGUGCAUUAGCUCUAAUCACAGCUUUAGCAUUCAUCGCAGAUCUGUUAAUAUCUCCUCCUCGUAAAAAGGAUAAACAGGAAGUGAGAAUAAUCAACGAUAAGGAUUCAGCUAAACAACCAACGAUGACCACGAUGACAACGGAAAAGGAAAUUAUGCCUACAAAAGAAAUAUUAAAUUCAAAAUCGGAGGAAGAAUCGAAGGAAAUCAACGGUAAGAUAAAUGAAGGAUUUGAAAAAAUGGAUGUUCGUGGACGCAAGGAAAACAAUGAUGAAGAUUCAGAUAAACCUCAACGAUUGGAAUCACGCCCAUACGACAAUUACGAAUUGGAAAGAAAUCGUCAUUUCAAUAUUGUCGAAAAAGAAUUACGGGAGCAUUCGCAAAAUUUUGAAAAUGGACGUGUUUUAAGGGAUUCUCAAAGAUAUAGGGAAGCUGAACUACUUCAAAGAAGUAAUUCUGGAAACAGAACGUUUGACGAUAAUCGUAGAAUCGAUGAUUCGAGAAUUGUUUAUAAAUCUCGUGAUAUUUAUCAACGACCAGUAGAUGAAAUCGACACACCACCAUUUCCAACUAAUCUCAAUCGAUUGAACAACGAACCGAUCUUUGGCAAAAUUAUUAAUCCUAGCGUGAAGAUUAUGAAAAUUCAACGUGAUGUCAAUGAACCUCACGAUACUUACAGAUACUCCGACUCCAGCCAAUACGACAACGUACCAGUAAAAAUGAGAGGAACAUCACCGAGCAUAUUAAAAAAAGAUCGUGGAAUUUCUUCGAAUGGUUCAUUGGCUCUAAGAAUUCCUAGCAAGAUAGAGGAAAGAAGUAAGAACGAGAUCGAAAUGUUGGAAGAAUGUUUCAGUUCUCUCAGAUCGACUGGAACUCAAACUGGUGUUCGUACACCUUCCUCACCUACGGAUCCUGGUUAUGUUCGUCAUACUGCAAGCAAUUGGCCUCAAGAUGUCAAAGCAAAGACACCUGGUUCCAGUCCAGAACACAACGGGAACCAAUAAAAUUUUUAAAAUUAUUUUUUGAUAUCGUUUAAAUUCAUCGACAUUCAAGUUUUGUUAAAAAAACAUUCACUUAAACUCAUACGAUGACGAUGACGAUGAUGAUGAAAAUAAUGAUGAUGAUGCAAAACUUUUGUUAUUCGAAUACGAACUAAAACUUGAAUCAUAUUGCAAAAAAUUUGUAUAAAAUAUUUUUUAUCCA